ACAUAAAAAUCUACAGAAGAGUUUAGAGAGAGCACACAUUCAUCAUUCACACAAAGGAAUGAUGAAAAACAAAAUGAAAAGGGUGACUGUGUGAGUGGUAUAAGAAAUAGUAGAAAAAACAGAGGAGAGAGAGAAUAAGCACAGUGAAGAGAGUGAGAAACCUCAGGGAGAAAGCGACAGGGCAGAGAAAUAAAGGGUUGGGUGCCAGCCACCACAACAGUGAAUUCUGAAUAAUACACACAAACAUACAAUUACAAACAAAACCAGGUAAAUUUACCCUCAGAAAACUCUUAAAGAUUCUCGUGGCAUAAACAAGAGGGGAGAGUGGUUUUUUUUUUUUCCUGGGAUUUCUGUGAGGAAUCCACUGAAGGAGGAAGAGCAGGAGAUUUAUGUCUUCUUGGUUUUAUUUGGAAGUAGUGAUUGGAGCUCUGUUGCAGCUCGGGUUUGGUUAUGCUUGUGUUUGCUGCAUGCUACUCUGGCUAGUGUUCAAUACUGCUGUUUCGAUGAGUUUGAGGCCAAAACGGACAUGUCAUGGAGUUGUGGUUUGUUAUGGAGGCUUUCAGAUAAAAAAGUUCUCUAGUUUCUUCCUCCUUCUGAGAGUGGAUCUCACCUGAUAUUCUUGAAAUUUUGAGGUUUUCUUUUUGUUUUAUUUAAUUAAAAUUUUGUUUUUGUUUUGGUAAGCAAUUUUCUGGGUGUUUGAGGGGUUUUAGGGGUUUUGACCCAAAUUUUCACCAUGCUGGAGGCUCUUAAUCAAUCGGCUAAAACGAUGAAGAAACUGAAGCAGAAGCGAAAUCCAUUUCAUGACUCAAAAAUGACAAGGAAACUGCGCAUAAUUUGCGAUGAUCCUGAUGCUACCGACUCAUCAUCGGAUGAAGAGGAGCAUUUUGGGAACUGUAGGAAGGUUAAGAGAACUAUGGUUGAGAUUGCUCUUCCACCGGUUCCAGUUAACUCUCUCAUUGCAGCUGAAACCAGCACCGAGAGUUCCAACAAUGAGGAACUGAACAAGAAGAGGGUUUUGGCCAAAACUCCCUCUGUGAAGAGACAAACUUGUGGCAAGUACAAAGGUGUUCGGAUGAGGAAAUGGGGCAAAUGGGCUGCAGAAAUUCGCGAUCCUUUCAAGGGUGCGCGUGUCUGGUUGGGCACUUACAACACUGCAGAAGAAGCUUCUCAGGCCUAUGAGACCAAAAGGCUUGAAUUUGAAGCCAUGGCCAAGGCUUUGUCUGAUGGGAGGAGCAACAACAACAACAACACUGGCACCAACAACAAUAACCACGUUGUUGCAUCUGUUGUAACUGUGGCUGCCUCAGAAAAGAAGAACUCCAACUACUAUGUUUCUUCUGCUGCAGAUGCUGCAGAAUCUGCAACAGACUCCAAGUCUGCUACCAUCGACUACUCAGAGAGUAGUAUCCUGUCACACACAUCUCCAUAUUCUGUGCUUGAGUUGGAUACCUCUGCUUCCAAUUUGACUGUGAGUGGUAAAGUUUCAGGCAAUGAAGUUGUUGAGACUAAAGGUUUGGAGACUGAAGUUGCUGAGAUUGAGACUGAAGGUUUAAAAGCUGAAAGUUUUGAAGCUGAAUUUGCUGAGCUAGAUAUUCCUGAUUUGAGUAUGCUGAGUGUGCCACACCCAUCUGCUGUUGCUGCCAAUGCUGCCAAUGUUGCCAAUGUUGGUGCUCCAUCUGAGUUUGAAUUUGAUUGGUUUGCAUUAGACAGUCUGGAGCAUGGAUUUGAUGAUGAUCUUGCUGCCUUGGAAGACAUUCAGAUAUAUGGGUUUGAUGACGGUCAGCCUAGUGAGCUUCCUGAUUACGAUUUUGAUGACAUUGGUGCUGAUGAGUUUGCUGGUUGGAUUGAAGAACCCCUCAAUAUACCUUGCGUAUAAGUUUUGCAGCUAUAGAGUAGUAUUAUAUUUAAAAUUUUGUGCUAUUUGCUUACAAUUGUUGUAGUUUUGUGAGAUCUGAGGAUUAAAUCUGGUCCCGGGUAGUGUUUUGUGAGUUGAGUUUUAAUUUAUUUGUUUGUUUAGAGAGAUAGAAGAUGUAUGAGAGGCAAAGGGAGAAUUGCCUUGGGUUUUCUUGUGCUAUUAGAGCCGUCCAAGGGGGUUCUCCAUAGACUGUAAUCAUGAGUUCUGAGUGUGUAGAAGACAUUUCCGUUCACAAAUUUAUUAUCUCCGCCCAUCAAA